ACUUGGAAAACCACUUUAACUUUUGCUGCGUCCUGUCGCGUCCCAAGUCGCGUCUUGCCUUUUCAGACCCGAUUGCCAAAGUCAACAUCUACAACACCCACACUUCCUCUCCAUUUGUGUUUUGUACUGUAGUUUGUCUUGUCUUGUCCCAACUGCCAUCUUCUUCUUGACAUCCGAAACGAGAUCAAGAACAAGAACAAGAACACGUCAACAUGUCGGCCGCCGAGGCGCAGCAAGCAAUAACUCAAGGUGCUUUAGACGCCAUCUUCAACGAUUCCGCCAACGUUGGGCAACGUUACCCCGUCCCCGUCCUCCAAUGUCUUCAGAUCAAACCUCUUGCUGCUGGCCCCGCAGCUGGAGGUGGUGCCGAGAGAUAUCGAGUUGUCCUCAGUGAUGUUCGAAACUACGUCCAGUGUAUGUUGGCUACACAGGCCAACCAUGUGAUACAUGACAACCAGCUCGUCAGGGGAUGCAUAGUACGUGUCAAGUCGUACCAAGCCAACUCCGUCAAGGGCAAGAACAUUCUCAUCAUCCUAGACUUGGAGGUUGUCGACCGGCUCGGAUCCCACGAUCGUAUCGGCGAACCCACUGGCUUCGAAGCCAAACCCGCCACGGCUGAAACGACCAUCGGUGGUUCUGGUUUCUAUGGCGCAAAGCCCGAGGCUUCUGCUCCGAUAAAGCCGGAGCCCGUGUCUUCUCGCAUUGGCGGCGGUGGCGGCGGCGGCGGUAACCACUCUGCAGGUGGUGCGAACAUCUAUCCUAUCGAAAGUCUCUCUCCGUAUGCACACAAGUGGACAAUCAAGGCCAGAGUCUCGGCAAAGUCAGACAUCAAAACCUGGCACAAGGCUUCUGGGGAGGGAAAGCUGUUCUCAGUAAACCUGCUCGAUGAGACUGGUGAGAUCAAGGCAACUGGGUUCAAUGAGCAGUGCGACCAGUUCUAUGAUCUGCUGCAAGAAGGUCAAGUCUAUUAUAUUGGCAGCCCUUGCAGAGUUCAGCUAGCCAAGAAGCAGUUUUCGAAUCUGCCCAACGACUACGAGCUCACCUUUGAACGAGACACCGUCAUCGAGAAGGCCGAAGACCAAUCGAGCGUACCUCAACUCCGUUUCAACUUUGUCAACGUUCAAGAUCUUCAGACUAUCGAGAAGGAUUCCACUGUUGAUAUCAUUGGUGUCUUGAAGGAGGUUGGCGAGACGUCGCAGAUCACAUCCAAGAACACUGGCAAGCCCUAUGACAAGCGAGAGCUGACUCUCGUUGACGACUCUCACUUCUCCGUUCGAGUGACCAUCUGGGGCAAGACGGCUACUCAGUUCUCCACGCAACCAGAAUCUAUUGUGGCUUUCAAGGGUGUCAAGGUGUCGGACUUUGGCGGCAAAUCUUUAUCGCUGCUUUCCUCGGGCACAGUCUCUAUUGACCCUGACAUUUCCGAAGCCCACAGGCUGAAGGGUUGGUAUGACUCGCAAGGUCGUGGCGAACAGUUCAACACACACCAGAACAGUGCCAGUGUGGGUGCUGCAACGGGCCGCCAAGAUCAGAACAAGUUCAUUUCACAGGUCAAGGACGAGAACCUUGGCAUGGAUGAUGCACCUGCAUAUUUCUCACUGAAGGCAACUGUGGUGUACAUCAAGCAAGACAACUUCUGUUAUCCUGCCUGUUCAAACGAAGGAUGUAACAAGAAGGUAAUCGACCAAGGCGAUGGCACUUGGCGAUGCGAGAAGUGUGAGGUCAACCACCAAAAGCCAGCGUAUCGCUACAUCAUGAGCAUAAACGUCAACGACCAUACCGGCCAGCUAUGGCUCAGCUGUUUCGAUGAGACCGGCCGCCAGAUUAUGGGCAUGAGUGCCGACGAGGCCAUGGAGCUCAAGGACAACGACGAGACUGCGCUGGCGUCUGUGUUCGAACAGGCAAACUGCGCCAAGUUGUUGUUCAGGGUGCGCGCCAAGAUGGAUACAUAUGGAGACAACCAACGAGUACGAUACCAGGUGAUGAAUGCAUCGCCCCUCGACUACAAGAACGAGGCGAGGGUUUUGUCGGAUAUGAUCAAGCAGUUUGGUCUCAACUAAGGAGUUCCUACCAAGGGAUAUGCCAACCAAUGUCUUUUUGAUAGCGGCCACGGCUGUUGUAGCCAGACUCAGAGAAGUGGCCACCACAAAUGUGAUGGGCAUGUGCGUGUACAUGUGGGGAAUGUGAUAGAUGAUAGCCUGGUGAGCUGGGCAUAUCGAGAUACCGCCUUGAUGAAGAGCUGUAAUCAAUUAACAUUGAAGUACGAUCGCCACAUGAUCGACCGCUCUGUUGUGUACUUGUUCUUCAUGCUUCAUAGACGAGCCGGGGAUGACCGUACCAGCUCGAGCGACAGCUCAUGUUUGGUCAACUGACGGUGUAGAAAUCCACGCCCGUGCAAGCCAUCCAGUCUCAAAGCCUACAUUUGGUCGUGCUGACGAUCCCUAGGUGUCUGAGAAACAAGCAAAGGAAACUGGAUCCGACAUGUCUCGCGCUGCACUUUCUCAACGAAUUGU